AUGAAAUCAGUAUAGAACUUUAAAAUUGUCUCAAACAUGAAAGCGUACUUUUCAGAUGCUAUUCAAUGUCUUUAAAAGAAAGUUGAUGCUCCUGAUCCUAGUUAAGACAGUAUAAGUAGCGAUCAAGUGCUAUUGCCGGAUUUAAAAUCAAUAAUCUUAAACCAAAGUGACUUAAUUAGAGAAGAUUAUGAAGGGCUUCGUCUUACUGAAACUCAUUCAAGGAGCCUUACAACUAAUUCUUCAAGUAUAUAUUUAUUUAUAAAUAUCUAGGUAAACUUUUUAUAUUUGAAGAGCAAUUCGUCAAUAUUCAUUCCAUAUCUUCAGACUUAAUAUCUGAUGAAUUUUGA